CAAAAUUUCACCCUCUCUUCUGCCGUCUUCGCCUCUUUGCCUCUUCACCAUCCUCUCCAUCUCGCUUUUCUCAUCACCUUCCAUCAUUUCUGAAGGGUUUCAUCCUCGCCGCUCUCUCUACCAUCCUUUACUUCUCGAAUACUCGGGCUCGUCGAUUCUUCAGACCUCUGAACAACGUCUUCUCUUUUCUCUUUGUUUUCUUCUUAAUCCAAUCUCUCUCUAACCCGCCAAACUGGCUCCAGACAUGUCUUACGGCGGUGGCUACGGAGGUAGCUACGGUGGCUCGCGCGGCGGCGACUACGGAAAUUCUAACGGAUACUACAAUGGUCACUCCAAUUCCCACGGCGGCGGCUAUGGCGGCGGUUACGGCGGCUCGAAUGGCUACUCUGGCGGCGGUGGUGACAAAAUGUCUCAACUGGGCGCAGGGCUUAGGACUCAAACUUGGGAUCUCGCCACACUUCCCAAAUUUGAGAAGUCUUUCUACAAGGAAGAUCCUGCUGUCACUGCUCGGUCGCAGCGUGAGGUCGACGAGUUCCGCAAGGCCAAAGAAAUCACAGUCCAAGGUCGCAACGUUCCUCGCCCUGUCGAAACAUUCGACGAGGCCGCUUUUCCAGGAUAUGUGAUGUCUGAGGUCAAAGCCCAGGGAUUCCCCAACCCUACCGCUAUUCAGUCCCAAGGCUGGCCCAUGGCUUUGUCAGGACGUGAUGUGGUCGGAAUUGCAGAAACUGGGUCCGGCAAGACUCUCACCUACUGCCUUCCUGCAAUUGUUCACAUCAAUGCUCAACCACUACUCGCUCCUGGCGAUGGCCCCAUCGUCCUUGUACUCGCCCCUACUCGAGAACUCGCUGUCCAGAUCCAGCAAGAGAUUACAAAAUUCGGCAAGUCAUCCCGCAUUCGAAAUACCUGUGUCUACGGUGGUGUUCCCAAGGGCGGUCAAAUCAGAGACCUUGCCCGCGGUGUCGAAGUGUGCAUCGCAACUCCAGGACGUCUCAUCGACAUGCUGGAAGCCGGCAAGACCAAUCUGCGACGUGUAACAUAUCUGGUUCUUGACGAGGCUGACCGCAUGUUGGACAUGGGUUUUGAGCCUCAGAUUCGCAAAAUCAUUGGUCAAAUUCGCCCAGACCGUCAGACUUGUAUGUGGUCUGCAACAUGGCCCAAAGAAGUGCGACAACUUGCAUCCGACUUCCUCAACGAUUUCAUCCAGGUCAAUAUCGGAUCUAUGGAUCUCUCUGCUAACCAUCGCAUCACCCAAAUUGUGGAGGUUGUGUCUGAGUUUGAGAAGAGAGACCGUAUGACCAAGCAUCUCGAACAGAUCAUGGAAGACCGCAACAAUAAGGUGCUCAUAUUUACUGGCACCAAGCGUGUAGCGGACGACAUUACUCGAUUCCUUCGCCAAGAUGGUUGGCCCGCGCUUUCUAUUCACGGUGACAAGCAACAAAAUGAACGAGAUUGGGUCCUCAACGAGUUCAAGACUGGCAAGAGCCCAGUCAUGGUUGCUACGGAUGUCGCAUCCCGUGGUAUUGGUAUGAUUGAAAAACCACUCCCCUCUCCCCCUUCCCACCCCUCUAAAUGUGUUAUGUUACAUGUUUUACCAUUGCCGUCGUGUGAUUUGAACCGCGCUCUUCUCUCGUUACGCUUCGAUACUGCGUAAUCUGUCCAGGCUCUGCGUUCUCAUAGGUCCUGACCUAGGAAAUCUCGAUUGGCGUUUGCAGUUUGCCAGGACACAGCAUAUUUGACCACCACCUUGCAUAGCAUUUGCGAGUAGGUUGUGGGAUCCUUACUUGACCAUUCAAGCUGCAAAUCCAGGAUUUUCUCCCCAGGACCGUAGACAAUUGCCAACUUUCCCCGGACAUGGACAUGGACAUUGGCCAUCUCAAAAGGAUAAUGCUCCGAGUACCUGAGAGAGAGAUUGCUUCUCCGCUCACACGACCACACAUGGUCCCCAACGACUCGUAAGAUUCCAUAGGCUUUGUCAUGCUAACCCUUACUUCAAGAUGUUCGAGACAUUACUCAUGUUUUCAACUAUGAUUAUCCCAACAACUCGGAAGAUUAUGUUCACCGUAUCGGUCGAACUGGCCGAGCUGGACGAAAAGGAACGGCUAUCACCUUGUUCACCACUGACAAUGCCAAGCAAGCCCGGGACCUCGUUUCCAUCUUGCAAGAGUCCAAGCAGAACAUCGACCCCCGUCUCGCAGAGAUGGCUCGAUACUCUGGUGGUGGCGGCGGCCGUGGCUACGGAGGCCGCGGUGGUUAUCGUGGCCGCGGCGGCGGUGGUGGCUUCACCUCGUCCAACUCUGCACCUCUCGGACGAAGCCGCUGGUAAACGUGCCCUCAGUACACUUGCUACCGUUAACCUGCCCCUGGCGACUCGUGUUAUCCUGAUUUUGCCACAUCUCUUUGCUGCAAGAUAUCACAAUAGACUUUUGCAUUGUCUUUACCGGUUGGGGCGUUUUAGGGGGGAAAUGACAGAAAGAUAGAGGUCGGUUUUUGGUCCGGACGGAUUGUACAUCGAGCUGUGAGCUCGCGAGGGUGUACACCGUUUCGGAAGCUCUUGAUGUUGGUCCGGUGUGGACGUGAGCAUCCACGCGAACGCGUGUCGGGAGAGAUGCCUUGAUACUGAACGCAUGAAGACAGGAGCGUAUCAUACAACAAUAGACACAGAAGCUCAUUGUGCUUCGAAUGAGUUCCAGCAAUGCUUGAUGAAAAAUCAUACAACCUGAAUCGCUCGCUCGCCCCACACCUCCACAAUAGAGGCAACAUGGUGCCUUUUUCCUCUCCGUUGUGACAUGUGCUAGAUGUGAUGGAGUGUCAUUAGCUGAGGAGAUAGCUUGCAAGAAAGAGGUAAAUGAAAUGAUAGAUUGGGCUU